AAUGGUUAGACUAGCAGAAGAGAUGAAAAAUAGUUCUGAAGACAAAUCUGAAGUGUCGAGACUUAAAGUCUGGGUGAGGUCACGUACAAGAAAAGAUGGAACUCCCAUCAACACAAAUGCUGCUGAGAAGAUUCAAAAGGCAGCUGAGAUUGUUAAGGGUGGUAGUCAGAGUGGAAAAAAUCUGGAUGAAGAUACGCUCAUCCAGGUCUUAGGACCUGAUAAUCCUGGUCGUAUGAGAGCAAUGGGGAGGAUUAUUAGUAAGACGAAAUUAGCUUGCUUCAAUGUCAACCAGAAGUCAAUUUCUGAAAUGCAACAGACACAAAUUCAUCUCAUGCAAAAGGUUAAUGAGCUACAGUCUGAACUUGCGAAAGUAAGAAACCAGAGAGAUGACAAUGAAGUGGGGGAAAACUCGGCUGCAAGAAGUGUGAACAAGAUACCACAAAAGAAGUGUCUUCUCAUUGACUGGGCUGAUGAAGAUGGAAACGUUGCUGAGGGUCGUAUCAUUUCUUCUGACCCUGAAGACAUAGUGAAUGACAGUCGAUUAGGUCCUAAUGAUGUUAAAGUCUUG